GACAAAGACUUCAAUGAGUACGUUGACCUUCUUGAGGAAGAUCCAAUUUGUGACAUGUCUGUUGUUCGUGUCGUGAAGCCGCCAUCUGGUGCUGGGAUCACAAAAGAGGUGGUUGCAUGUACUUCGCAACCAACUACGUCGAAGGAGAUGGAAGCUCCAGACAACAGUUCUGUGCAGAACUUCAGCAAUGUUAUCAGUUCCGAAGAUGACGACGGCAGAGAUUUCACUCUUCCUGACUUGGGCAUCCUCCACGAUGCUGUGACCGGAAACAACCCGCUCGGAUCUUACGCCACAACAAGAAUUGUGGACGUCCUUUUUCAGGAGAUGACACGAUUUACACUGUACCCAUCUAAGCAGUUUUAUCGGAAGGUGGGCACAGCACUUGUACAGCGCCAUCAUGAGCUUGCCGACACCUGCGGAAGUGGGCAUGAUUCAUGGGUCAUGCUCAUCCGCCAAAAGUUCAAAAAUGAGAGACGGAAGCUGGAGACUGACCGUGUGUGCGCAAACCGACUAAAGUUCGGCAGCAGCGGGAAACAACCAAGGGCGGCUGUCGACACCGCAUCAAUGGAGUUGCAGCGGGGCAAAGUUGGCGCAGCACUGUCCCAAGACUUGGCACCCAGCGGAGAAGACGAAUACAAUCUCGCACAGCAUGAGGCCUGGUUAGUCACGGAGUGGACCAAACCAAACCCCGACAGACAACAAAUGUGCUGCAGGCUCGAGUUGACGCAUUCCGCAAGGGUCAAAGACUUGUGCAAGUUAUCAAUUGCUGAAGCAAUAGACAAGUAUCCAUAUCUCAGGGACAUUGAAUGGUUCCUUGAGGAUUUCAAGCAGCUUUUGAAGAAAGAUGGGAAUGAAGCGGUCGAGGCGGCGUUCAAUAAGGUUGUAGAACUUGCUUUAAGUGGAGACCUAGGGGCUACAAAAAAAGAUCUGAAGCCUUUACUGGAAGCUGACCAGCCAGGAACCGGUGCAAGACGCAAAAAACACGUUCAGGCCGUGCGUGUCCUGGAACUACUGGCAAGAGUACUUAAGCAGCCUAGGGCAACUCACAUGAUGUUUUUGCCUUCGGAGGCAGAGAUGCCACUUACCCCUUGCAUCGUAUUUUCGGGCCCGAGUUUCAAAGAGGCCGAAGCGCUUUUUCUCUACAUCGAGAAAAGACGACUGCUGCGCGUCAUAGAUGCAGUGGAAGGGACCACAGCAAUCAUGGCAGCCCACUGGAUGUUUAAUUUAAGGUACAACAGAAAAGCGUUUAAUAUUUGUUGCGUUUUGGAACACCUAUUCUUAGGGGUUUCCAUUUCAAGGCCCAGGAGCGUCGCCCAACGCUUUAUUGCGAAACACAAGUCGUCGUUCACUGCCUAAGUCUGUUUCAGGAUGUUUGAUUUUAAUUUGAACAGAUCUUUCUUUAAAGAUUGGGUGACCGGUUAAUAUAGCGGGUGUUUCAGCGAAGACUUACAAAAUUCAUAAAAUUAUCGUAAUCAAGGCAAAAAUGUAAUUGUUUUGGUACAGCACUACUCUUGGUGGCAGACGUCAGAAAAUGCGCGAUAAUUUCUAAUUUGUUCGGUACUUAAUUACAAAUUACUAAUUAACUUUCCAUACUAUGAAAAUAAGCAUAUGGUUCGAGCUAGAACCUUAUGCUUUUUCUAAGGUAAGAGGGUUUAUAUAUUAAUAGAUCCGUUUUUUUUAUUUUUGUCGCCCGAUUCCAAAAGUAAAUACACAGUAAAAAAGCUCUGUCCACGAUGAUGCCUAUAGAGGUGUGCCAUAGUCGUUUCGGUUUCCUCGUAUAUAUCUGGGCAGCGCAUCUUAUAUGGAUAUGCCAAUGACACACUGCCGAGAGAGUGACAGGGUACCAGAGCCGUGUGUGUUACACUUCUAGGAACAAUCGUAGAGGACCUCUGGCGUUUUAGUUUAUGGUUUCGGAAUCGCGUGUCAAAAACGCGGAAACUGAUCUCUUACUAUUCCAAAGCACUUUACAUUCAUUCAAAACCUUAAGAUUGGGUUAGUCUCUAAUUUUACUUUCGCUCAACGCUGCAAUGGAAACAAAACGCAUAAAAUCGUUAAAUUAAACACAGCAAACUUAAGUUAAUUAGACUACAGAUUAUUAUCAUGCGAUAUGAUGUCCGUUGAGCCCGACACAUAUCAAGUGAAGAUGUUACUCGUGUACUGAUCAUCCUUUUUACAUCUGUACGCAUUAAAAUCAUCCAUACUGUAUUGUCCCUGUAGCGCAAGUGCGCAAACCAUGCUUUCUAAGGAGCAUGGACAUUGGAUGAGCUCGUUCUUGUAUACGCCGAGGAAGCUAUAUAUAUAUAUAGGCGUAGUGGGCAACAAACACUCUACGCUGGGAGUUUUAACAAUCUGAACGAUUGUAUGGGCAAGACGCACAAAUAAAAAGUGUAUUCAACUUCCAUG